AUAUAACAAUAAUAUUGAAUAAUCUUUGCAUUAAUGUGUAAAAUAUUAAAAGAUUAAGAAUACAAGAUGCCAGGUACUUUAACCUAUCCAAUAUAUACUGGUGUUGAAUCACCUCCUCAAAGAACUCGUGCUUAUACUUGGAAUACUCAACAUCGUUCUGCAUCUCGGGUAUUGCAAGUUAACACAAGACCAGGACGCUUCUCACUGACAGAAUCUUCAAGAGAUGAAGCUACUCGAAAGCUGAGAUUAAAAGUGAUCGCUGGGCACCAACUAGCAAAGAAAGAUAUCUUUGGUGCAAGCGAUCCUUAUGUACGUGUUGACUUAAAUACUAUAUCUGGUGAUCAGACAAUAGAUUCUGCACUUACAAAAACUAAAAAAAAGACAUUGAAUCCUGUCUGGGAAGAAGAGUUUAUAUUUAGAGUUAAACCUGUUGAUCAUAAAUUGGUGCUACAAGUUUUUGAUGAGAAUAGAUUAACAAGGGAUGAUUUUCUUGGUAUGGUAGAACUAACAUUACUUAAUUUGCCUAAAGAGCAAGAAGGUCGUACAAUACCUGUUAGGCGUUAUGUACUUCGUCCACGUAGUCAGCGUUCAAGAGUGAAGGGUACCUUGGAAGUAUAUCAUGCAUACAUUUCUGACUCAUCAAAUACAGACAAUGACAAUGGAGACACUACAUCUGACUCAGGGGGCUGGGAAAUGGUGCAACCAGUAAAUAAUAGUCCUGUGGAACAAGCUGCAGAUGUUAUACUUAUUAGGCCUUUACCACCAGGAUGGGAAGAAAGACAAGAUGCAAAUGGGCGAACAUACUAUGUUAAUCAUAUAGCAAGAUUUACACAAUGGGAACGUCCAACAGAAUCUACUACAUCACCUAGUGCAAAUAUGACAAUUGAACGAAAUUUCAAUACAGCAGCAACUGAAUUUCAACGACGUUUUCAUAUUAGUGCAGAUGAUGAAAAUAGACUCAGAAGUUCAAUUAAUCAGGAUGGUGAAGUUCUCCGCGCGGAUGGUGAAGAUUCAGAUGCGAGAGAUUAUGAGAUUGAGAAUCGUAGGGAAGGGGGUAGUAGGGAUACUUCUUCAGACUCUGGACGUUCUGUUGAUCAACGUGGCUACCUUAGUGAAUAUGAAGACCAGAGUGACGAUAGUGUGGAUAGUCCAGCUGGAUCUAGACGAUCGUCGGAACAAAUUGAAAGUCCAAAACCUGUGAUUCCGGCAAAUGAUGAAGGAUUACCACCUGGAUGGGGCAUGCAAAUAGCACCAAAUGGCAGAGUAUUUUUUAUUGAUCAUACUGCGAGAACAACAACAUGGAUUGAUCCUCGAACAGGACGUCCAAGUUCGAUACCUAAUCAUAUUGCACCUUCCACAACACCUAGAAGCGAUUUAGAUCAGCUUGGUCCUCUUCCUGAAGGCUGGGAAGAAAGAGUUCAUACGGAUGGCCGGAUAUUUUUUAUUGAUCAUAAUACAAGAACAACCCAAUGGGAAGAUCCGCGUAUGUCUAAUCCUCAAAUUGCUGGACCGGCUGUACCAUAUUCACGAGAUUAUAAGCGUAAAUACGAAUAUCUUAAGUCUCAAUUAAGAAAGCCUAAUAAUGUUCCUAAUAAAUUUGUAAAAGUGGGUCGAAAUAACAUUUUAGAAGAUUCGUAUCGUAUAAUUAGUUCCGUUAACAGAGUAGAGAUAUUAAAAACAAAAUUGUGGGUUGAAUUUGAAGGAGAAGUUGGUUUAGAUUAUGGAGGUCUUGCUCGAGAAUGGUUUUUCCUAUUGUCUAAAGAAAUGUUUAAUCCUUAUUAUGGAUUGUUUGAAUAUUCAGCUACGGAUAAUUAUACUUUGCAAAUUAAUCCUUUUUCUGGAGUAUGUAAUGAAGAACAUUUAAAUUAUUUCAAAUUUAUUGGUCGUAUAGCAGGUAUGGCUGUUUAUCAUGGAAAGCUAUUAGAUGCAUUUUUUAUUCGUCCAUUUUAUAAAAUGAUGUUAGGUAAAUCUAUUGAUUUGAAAGAUAUGGAAAGCGUUGAUUCUGAAUAUUACAAUUCAUUAUUAUGGAUUAAGGAAAAUGAUCCUAGUGAAUUAGAACUUACAUUUUGUGUCGAUGAAGAAAGCUUUGGUCAUACAUCUCAAAGAGAACUUAAACCAGAUGGUGCUAAUAUACCAUUGACAGAUGAAAAUAAGGAUGAAUACAUCGCUUUAGUUAUACAGUGGCGUUUUGUAUCAAGAGUUCAAGAACAAAUGAAUGCAUUUUUAGAAGGAUUUAAUGCUCUUAUACCGCCAACAUUAGUUAAAAUAUUUGAUGAACAUGAAUUAGAAUUACUAAUGUGUGGUAUUCAACAUAUUGAUGUAAGAGAUUGGAAACAAAAUACAUUAUAUAAAGGAGAUUAUCAUGCUAAUCACAUUGUUGUUCAGUGGUUUUGGCGAGUGGUACUUUCAUUCAGUAAUGAAAUGAGAUCUAGACUUUUACAGUUUGUUACUGGUACAUCACGAGUACCUAUGAAUGGUUUUAAAGAACUUUAUGGUAGUAAUGGUCCACAAUUAUUUACAAUUGAGAAGUGGGGUACACCAGAAAAUUAUCCAAGAGCUCAUACUUGUUUUAAUCGCAUAGAUCUCCCUCCAUAUGAAAGUUAUCAACAACUAAGAGAGAAAUUGAUAAAAGCAAUUGAAGGUUCUCAAGGGUUUGCUGGAGUGGAUUAGCACGAAAUACCCCUUUUUAUGAUGAUAUCUGUAAUAUAAUGUACAUAUAUA